UUUAUUUUUCUCUGUAAGAACUUUAUAAAGUAAGGAUUAAUUUAAGAAAACGACAAAAUGAGUGCUAACGAGACGGAAAAUGUGAGCGAUUUACUACAAAAGAUCAUAGAUUCCGUGUGUGGCGAGCAAAAACCAGAAGUUAUUCAAAGGUGCAUGCGUUUCUCUUUAAGUUUGUUAUCUUCAACGCAAGGUAUUGAUACUUUUAAAGAUGAUGAGACUAUGGUUGCUAAUCAAAUCAAAAGUAAAUUGUCACCACAGGAUGCAGCUCUUUUUGAUGAAUUGCAUAAUAAUUUAAAGGAUGGGGAACUAAGAAACCGCCUUGGAACAUUGAAUUUUCUUCUUCAUAUGAGUCAAUCAAGUGAUAGAGUUAAUGAUAACAUGACUUUUCCAGAAAUGAGAUUAGAUUUAAACAUUCCGAUCGCUUCAACAAGUGCGGGAUAUUCUGCGCAAAUAUCUAGUACUCAAGCUCAAGUAGUUCCGUUUCAGCCAACAGACUCAACUAUGCUAGAUCACUCUCUGAACCCAAGUAGAAUUUUUGAUGAGGACUGCAUAUCGCAAGAUAUUCUUGUUCAAGAUCUCAUAUAUUCUUUCCAAGGCAUUGAGGGAAAAAUCUUGAAGUUGGAUAGCAACCGUGGAUUCCAAAUAGAUUCGAUUGCUAGGAUACAUCGUUCUCAAAAACAAGCUGUUCAGAGACUUAGCGAACUCGGAUAUUUAUACAAUAUCAUUCAGAAUGGGCUGGACAAACAUGGCAACGGUGGAAGGGUGGCAGAUAGCUUUGUGGCAGCUCUUCACAAGGAACUGUCUGAUUAUUAUAGGUUUGUCGCAAACGCACAAGAAGAAGUCAACAGAGUUAAGGAUUCUCUAAGUUUGGAUAGAGUCACUCUUUCGAAUCUUCACUUGUGGGUUUACGAUCCUCUGGAAACCCUCAAAUUACUCGCAAGUAUUGUAAGGACCUGUGGUGGUUUGAAUGGUGGUGCUCUUGCUUCUGCUGUGUAUGAAUUCAAUCAGAAUGGAGAUCCACGUGUCAAGAAACUUGUAAAAAGAAUACUAGAAAGUGUUUCAGAGCCCCUUUAUAAUAUGCUUUUAAGAUGGAUAACAGAUGGUGAACUGGAUGACCCAUACAAAGAAUUUUUCAUAGAGUCAUGUGCAGAAGUUGCUGGAGAAAGAAUGUGGCAUGAAAAGUAUCAAGUAAGAGAUUCAAUGGUUCCAUCGUUUCUAAGCAGGACUCAAGCCAAAAAAAUUUUGUGUACUGGUAAAAGUAUAAACUUUUUAAGGGAAGUGUGCAAAGACUUUUCGCCUCUGCAAGACAGAGAGACUGGAAUGUUUCAGAAUUCGUCUGAAAAAAUUGGAGUUGAAGCAUUCUUUGAUAUGGAUCCUGAUGGACCACUGCAAAGAAUGAUGGAUGCUGCUUACAAAGAAACUUCAACCAGAGUGGUUGACAUUCUCACGAAACAAUAUCAUUUGAUGGAUCACUUGCAAGGUAUCAAGGGAUAUCUUUUACUUGGACAAGGACACUUUGUUCAACAUCUCAUGCACUUGUUAGAACCAGAAUUAGCUAAACCGGCCAAUUCUCUGUAUCCGCACAACAUAUCUUCCAUACUGGAGACAGCAGUCAGAGCAACAAGCACAAAGUUAGAUGAAUUGGAUGUUCAAAAAAGGUUGGACAUACAAUUGAUGGUGCCUUCUGAAAAUGAAACUGGAUGGGAUGUUUUUGCACUAGACUACAAUGUCGAUGGACCCAUUGGAACAAUUUUGGAGCCAAGUCGUCAAAUAUAUCAAGGAGUGUUCUUUUCUCUUUGGCGUGCCAAGCGCAUGGAAAAAAUUUUGUCAGCCAUAUGGAAGCAACAAAUCACAUCUGCUAAAAUGUUCAGUAAAAUGCCCGAAAUUUUGCCAAUACAAAAGCAGAUACAUUCAGUUACGAGUAGUAUGGUUCACCUUGUACAUCAAAUGCAGUAUUAUUUCUUGUUUGAAGUGAUAGAAUGCUCUUGGGACAUAUUUGCAAAAAAUUUGAAACAAGCUUCAUCCCUAGAUGAUAUUAUAGCAGCUCACACUAAUUUUAUCCAGUCAGUAAAAAGAGGUACACUCCUUGACGAUCAAUCACAGGAAUUAAUGUUGCAUCUUCGCUCCGUGUACGGACCUAUUCUUGAACUCCAGUCUCUUGAAGAAACUUUUGUUGCGCGCGCUACUGCUGAGUAUCAAGCAAGAGUAGACUCGGAAAAGUUUAUUGAAAAAACGAGUGAGAUUCAAAAACAAUGGGGCUGCACUAAAAGUCAAGUUGCCGAAAACGUGGAAAGGAAAAACACGUUUCUCAAGUAUUUAAGCACAUUGUCAAUUAAGCUUAAAUUGUUGUCAAGAACUUAUCAGGACCGUGUCAAGAAGUUUUUACUAAUGCUUGCUUCUGCAGAAGAUGUCUCUUUACAAUUACUAAGCGUCAGAUUAGAUUUUAAUGAAUACUAUAUAAGCAAGGACAGUCGGUUGGUUGCACCUCUCACUUAUCAACGUCGACGACAAAGCGAUCAAGCUUUUCUCACUGAUAAGUGACCAGAGUCAAUUCAAGAGCAAAUUGGAACGUCACCAAAGUCGGUGCAUCUAAAUAACACAAAACUUUCAGUGCAAGAUGUCAACGGUAUAGAUAUGAAAAUACCAUUGAGUACAGAAGGUGAUCUUGAUGAUUUGAACUUUAAUGUAAUUAUUUCUGAAUCAGAAAUUCUGCAAUUUAAGACGGAUUCAAAACCAAUGAAAAAAAUCUCUGUUGAUGCAAAAAAAAGUGAAAUCGAAAGAAUGGAACCGGACAAUGAUGAUUUGACAAUUCGUGAAAAUCAUUUUUCAGCAGCAGAUAAAGUUAUUGUAAAAAAAAAUUUUACAGCCAAAAGCACAAGCAGCAUUAA